ACUUACCUCCCUUUAAUACCGAAAACGAAAGUAGGACUUUUAGAUAAUUUUUCCCAAAUACAUCUAGUAAUUGUAUGGACAGCAAGGAAGAAAUUGUCUAUUUUUGAGAUCAUAUGCUACAAUAAUACAACAUGAAACCCGGUAUUCGAGUUAUCCGAGGACCCGACUGGCGUCUUGGCAACCAAGAUGGCGGUCCCGGUUACCUAGGAACGGUUGUUAAUAUUCACCCUAACAACACAGUGCUCGUGAGAUGGGAUAUAGGAACGGAGACUAUUUGUCGAGCAGGGAAGGACGGUUCUUUCGAUCUCAGACUUUACGACAAUGCUCAAAUUGGGACUCUGCACCCUAGAUUUUAUUGUAAUGGUGAAUAUUCAAGAAACAACGCCGAGAAUCCGCACAUACGGGGCUUUCGAUGGAAAUGUUUAGUGUGCAACGACUUUGACUUUUGUAACGAUUGCUAUAUGUCAAAUAAAGAAAAGAUUCUACAUCAACAUGCGAACACCAACCAUCCGUUUGUGAGAUUUGUAACACCAAAAGCUUUGGC